CCCAUAUCAUUUGGAUUUAACGGCCUUCCGACUGAGCUCGCCCUCAUCAUCUUCAAGCUUGCGGCACAACCACCUUUUGCUCAACAUGCGCCUUUCACCCGAGAUCCAUACUCAUCUGCCCUUUCACUAUGCCAGGUCUCCAAAAUUGUCAGGCGCGCUGUGCUGCCUGAACUUCUUCAUACAGUGUUAUUGUCAACAGCUCGCCAACUGCUUGCUUUCAUAUGGGCUCUGCGUAUGCAGAAAAAAUACAUCGAUCGACAACAUGAUCUAGCUUUUGAUUAUGCAUCUUGCGUGCACAUGAUCUCAAUCGGAGACUUUCGGGGGCCUUUGCAAAGCCCACCUAUUCCCUACUUUCCCGUUCCUAUGCCCGAGCUUGAAUGCGAGCUCGAUAUCAGUUUGCUCGCUCCAGUCAUUCUCGGUGCAUCCUCCCUCGCAAUCCACUUUAAUAAUCUAAAUCUUCUCUCAAAAUGCCUCAAACAUGCGUGCAACUCCGAUGUCGACUUAAAUGUCGACCACAAAAAUUCAUUGCUUCCUUGGAGCACGGGAAGUUUGACGCUAUUGGGUAUAUUCUCUCAUACAUGGUGGCCCUUCGUGGGGUCUGUCCAUGGAUAUGCUUUCCUCGCUUCCAUCCAACACCUCACCCUA